AUGGGUUCAACUGACCCAACCUGGCGGAUUGACAUCACAGCAUUAAAUGGAAGUGACUACAUUCUAACCACAUCCUGUAACCCUACGAAAUUUACCCUGAAUUUUCUUAUCAUCAUUGUUGCCCUGAUUGGUGUGGCAGGAAAUGCCGUAGUGCUGUGGCUCCUGGGCUUGCGCAGGAACGCCUUCUCCGUCUACAUCCUCAACCUGGCUGGGGCCGACUUCCUCUUCCUCUGCGUUAACAUUGGACAUUCCAUUCAGGUUAUCAUUAGCAUAUUCCACCCCAUCUCCAUCUCUAGGUUUUUCAAUGUCCUGCUUAACUUUGCCUAUCUUGCAGGUCUGAGCAUGCUCAGUGCCAUUAGCACUGAGCGCUGCCUGUCUGCUCUGUUGCCCAUAUGGUACCGCUGUCGAAGGCCAAGACACACAUCCACUGCCAUGUGUGCUCUCCUCUGGACAUUGUCUCUAAUAUUGAGCAUCCUGCAAGGGGAGGCAUGUGGCAACUUGUUUAAUGGUUUUGCUCAUGGUUGGUGUAAGAAAUUAGAUCACAUCACUUUUGCUUGGUUAAUUGUUUUAUUUGUGGUCCUCUCAGGGUCCAGCCUGGCCCUGAUGAUCAGGGUCUUCUGUGGCUCACACAGGAUUCCUGUGACCAGGCUGUAUGUGACCAUUGCCCUCACAGUGCUGGUCUUCCUGCUCUUUGGUUUGUCCUAUGGGAUCUACUGGUUUUUCUUAGAUUGGAAUGAUGAUAUUUACAGUUUUUUCCCUUGUAGUCUUUUUGAAAUCUCAGCAUUCUUAUCCUGUGUUAACAGCUGUGCCAACCCCAUCAUUUACUUCCUGGUUGGUUCCAUUAGGCACUGCAGGUUCCAAUGUCAGACUCUGAAGGUGUUUCUGCAGAGAGCCCUGCAGGACACUCCCGAGGAGGAGGAAAGUGCAGAGAGGGCUUCUUCCGGAAAGUCUGGAGAGCUAGAAACAGUCUAG